GGAGGCCAAUGAUUGAGAAACGGUAAAGAGGGGCACGCUCGAUUUGUUCGUAAGCACACUUGUCCCAAUUUUUGGAGGUUCGCCCGGAGACUUAGAGGGCUUUUCCUUCGCUCAAGCUGCCCGACGAUCGACCCGUUGAGAAGAUUGACAUGCACGGAGUAGUGCCCAUGUUCCACCACACCAGAAGAUCCUCCACGAUACCACUAACAACUGCUGAAGUCUUCCUUUGCUGUUGUGUCGAAGGUUACUCGAGUAUUUCGUUAGACUAGCUAGUAGUAGUAGUAGUAGUAUAGAUAUAUCUACAUCAAGAUGGCGGCUUCUGAUCAAAUCCGACAAAUGGUGAAUUUCAUCCUCCAAGAGGCGCAUGAAAAAGCCAACGAGAUUCGCGUCAAGACGGAACAUGACUUCAACUUGGAAAAGCAGACUCUAGUUCACGAAGCCAAGCUCUCCAUUCAGGAUGAAUUUACCAAGAAGGAAAAGGAUCGUGAAAUCCAAGAACGCAUUGCUCGUUCCGCGGAGAUUGGGGAGUGCCGCGUCAAGAAGAUGAAGGUCCGCGAUGAGCUCCUACAGACUCUCUUGUCCGAAUCAGGAUCCAAGUGUGCUGUCGUGGCUCGUGGACAGAACUAUCCCCAGCUCUUGCAAAAGCUCAUUGUCCAAGGACUCAUCAAGAUCGAGGAGAACGAGGUCACCAUUUUCUGCCGUGGCGAAGACGUUGCCACCGUCAGCAAAAUCCUACCCGAGGCUGUCAAGGAGUACGUCGAAAUCAUCAAGCGGGAAGCUGGCGUGACGCUCAAGCCCCUUGUCAAGGUCAACGAAGACCGUUCCAAGGAUUUGGGAGAAAAGUCCCACGGGGGUGUUUUGUUGACCGCCUUGGAUGGAAAAAUCAAAUGCGACAACACCAUGGCCUCUCGUUUGAAUCUUGUCUACGAAGAAUUGUUGCCUUCAAUCCGCGCUAUUCUCUUCCCAGAAGUUGAACAGUAAACGGAAACACAACAGUCAUAUCAUACAGUACUUAUCGAACAAUUCACUCAAUGUCAAAGGCAACCUUGGUGUUGGGUUUUGACUGAUUAUGACUACUUUCUUAUAAUAGGUAACUUAUCUUUAUGGAGUAUUGAAAAGAGUACCAGUACCUAGCUAGCAGGAGAUAUCAAAGAGCUCUUGAUAGUACCGUACCGGUGCGGUGUAUGAUUAG